UAGAGUUCCAUGGAGUGAUGCGGUUCUACUUCGAGGACCAUGUUGCAGGGAACGUUGCCACCAAGUGCCUGCGUAUUAGCAGCACCACCACCACUGGAGAGGUUAUUGAAACACUGUCAGAGAAGUUCAGACCGGACAUGAAGAUGUUGAAUACUCCCUAUUUCCUGUUUGAGGUCCAUGCUAACAAGGAAGAACGGCAGCUGGACCUGAGUGAAAAGCCUCUGGAUGUGCAGCUGAACUGGAACACAGACAACAGGGAGGGCCGCUUCGUACUCAAGAAGGAUAAGGACAUUAUUGUACAUGACAACAGCCCAGAGAAAAAGAAGGGAGGCAUGAUCCAGAACUUCAAGAGGACACUGUCGAGGAAAGAGAAGAAGAAGGAGAAGAAGAAGACGGGAGAUGAUGCUGUUAACCACUCGGCAAAGCCUAAUGGGUCCACUAUGAGGAAAGAGAAUGGGCAGAUAUCAGCUUCUGUACCCGUGGAGAAGUCAUCGACCAACAAGGAUAUCGUUUCUAACACUGACACAAUGGAAUGCAAGAAGAAUAGCACGUGGGGUGGCAUUAUAAAGCCUAUGGUCCGGAAGCAUAACCAGCAACAAGACUAUGGAACAAGGAAUGAAAGAGAUCAGGACAACAUGGACCAACUUGCACUUCCAGUUGGUAUUAAAUUCAGGGAAAAUUCUGAGGACCCCUUCCUCUCUGCAGUCAUCAACUACACCAACAGUUCCACUGUCCACUUCAAGCUCUCCCCUGCCUACGUCCUGUACAUGACCGGACGCUUCGUACUCCACCGCCAUUACAGCCACAGUCAGGAGACAUCGCAGAGUCAUCGCCCCUCAGAGCACGCACACAGAGUCACCGCUACUGUCAGCAAGAUGGUAGCCAUGACUGAGGUGGUCUUCCAGAAGCAGAAGUCCAUAGCUGGUGCUGUAGCCUUCUGGAUGGCCAAUGCCUCAGAGCUCCUGAACUUCCUGAAGCAGGACAGAGAUCUAAGCCCCAUCACACUGCAGGCUCAGGAGAACCUGGCACACCUGGUGCACAAAGCUUUCAAGUGUUUGACUCAGUGUCUGCUGGCUGAUCUGAGCAGACACUUGCCAGAAUUCCUUAUUUAUCCCGAGGGGAGUCAAUCACCUGCAGAAAUAGAGGGCGUACUGCAAACCUUGAUGGGUGCCAUGUCUCUGCUGCGUCGCUGUCGAAUCAACGCUGCCCUCACCAUCCAGCUGUUCUCCCAACUCUUCCACUCCAUCAGCGCCUGGCUCUUCAACAGGCUGCUGAGCCCCAGCGCCCAGGGAGAGGCCUGCUCCCUGGGCCUUAGGUCCCACUACUGGGGGGCCACCCUCCGCCAGAGGCUUAGCCUGGUGGAGGACUGGGCAGAGAGGCAAGGUCUGGAGCUGGCCGCAGACUGCCACCUUAGCCGCAUCAUACAGGUAACAAUGCUGUUGACCAUGAACAAGUGUUCCAUGCACGAUUCAGAGAACAUCCAGAACACCUGCUUCAAGUUAAACUCCUUGCAGCUUCGAACACUGAUGACAAGCUACCUCUACGAUACCAACGAGCCCCGCAUUCCCCCUGGUGUGAUUGACAGGGUGGUGGCGGCUGCAGAGGCCAGUGCUGAUGAGUUGUUGCGCAGUGAAGGGCAGGACCUCCAGCUGGAGGAGGGGCCAGACCUCCACCUGCCCUUCCUGCUCCCUGAGGAAGGCUACUCCUGUGACACGGUCAAUGGCAUCCCGCAGGGCUUCAGAGAGUUCCUGGAACCUAUCUGCCGCAAAGGCCUCUGCACUCUGAUCUCUCACCCCCACUCUGGUGGCACCUGGACCAUCUUCUUCAACAGAGCAAACAAUUUCUCUGCACAGGACGCAAACCCGCCACUGCAUAGAGAACCUGAGGUUGUGACUAUUACACUGACGAAACCCAUGAACAGUGGAAUGGGGGUCAGCAUCGUGGCGGCCAAGAGAGCAGGACAAGACAACCUUGGGAUUUACGUCAAGUCUAUCGUCAAAGGAGGACCAGCAGAAAUGGAUUGCAGGUUAACUGCUGGGGACCAGUUGCUGUGUGUUGAUGGACAGAGUCUCGUGGGCCUCUCACAGGAAAGGGCAGCAGGCAUAAUGAUGCACACUGGGCCAGUUGUGACUUUACAGGUUGCCAAGCAGGGGGCAACAUGCCAUGGUCUGGCUGCCCUGCUAGAUGAACCACCUUCAGUAUCAACUACAGCUUUGGAUGGUAGUGGCCCCACCAGCAGCAACCAUGCCAAGCCGAACGGCAAGGCCCCGAUCCUGUAUGAUGGCAUGGAGCAGAGCCCUGGGCCCUCAGGACUAUGGGGUAAUAACUCCCAUGGAGGGAACAGGAGACAGAGAGAACAGACCCUGCUGAAGAACAGACAGCUUUACCGCUCCAACCCCAACAUGAUCAGCCCAGAAGGAGAACCAGUUGAUCCAGUCAUACCAACAGACAGUAAAAUCACUGCAGUCUCCACCAGCAACCUGCUGUGCUCUGAUAUGUACCACAGGGAAUACCUGACUCUACCAGCCCCAAGGUCGCAGGACAAGAAGACAGUAGCCUUUGAACUCCCACCUCAGGGGCCCAGAGUCUCGUUUAAUCUAGAUGGACAGAUCUCCAACAAGAGGACCUUGAUGCGGCAGGCCCUUUCACAGGAGAACCUGUGCAUGGAGAAUGAUCGCCCCCUAGUGGACAAUAUACACAAUGCAUGGAACCAGAACCAGCAGGAAAGCUACUACUCCUCUUUUCCUAUGAAGCCUAGCAUCUCUACCCACGACAUCCAUUACAACCAUACUGUCAGCCUCUCCACUAAGACCCAACCGAGCCGCCACAACACAGGGUAUGGCUACUGGAGAACUCCUACGUCACACAACCCUUCGUCUGCCAUCCAGCCAAUACACAUAGACAUCCCUGCUACACGGCUUUCCAACACCCAGCCGCGCACUCCAAUGACUACCUUCCAACAAACUCCGACUUUACUGCCCGCGAAGUUGAACCAGAACCCUGAGGUUAAAGGCCAGGGGCAAGCCCUCCUCAGCAAUCAAAAACAAGGGUCUCAUUAUCAACUGCCAGCCCAGCAUCGCCAAGCUACAUGUCCUCCUCCAUCCUCUGUGUCCAUGAGGCAACCUCAGCCCUCACUCUCAUCCUCACAGAAGAUCCAACAACAAGCCUUGAGGAGGGUGCAACCAGCGAUGUCCCAACUGUUCCCAACCCAGUCAAAAGACACAUCCCUCCAGAGACCUCUAGCCAAACCACAACCAGGGACCACCCCAGGACAUCAGGACCAAUACUUCAGCAUGACUAAAGAGCCGUCAUCAGAAGGGAACAACAGUCUGUCUCCAGACCCAUGGAAGAGGGAUGCACGGGAGAAGCAGCAGAAGCAGCAGAGACUACAGGUGGUCGACCUGUUGGAACAGGAGAUCCAGGAUCUGCAGGCUAAUGCCCAGCUCACACCAGAGGAGACCGACAGGCUCCGUAGGCUCAACCUGGAGUGGCAAUUUCAACAGAGACUGCAGGAGUUCCAACAGAAUGGAAACGAUGAUGAUGAUCAUGAAGAGGAAGAAGAUAGAGGCACGCCAACAGGAGAAAAUGUUCAAGAGUCGAAUGAACUCAACGUAAACUUUGAUGAGAAGUUCUCGAAAGAAGGGCAGGAAGAGAACAACUACAAAGGUGAUGCAACACCUGAGAAUCUCACAUUUAAGGAGCGCCAACGUCUCUUCUCCCUCGGAUCAAACGCCUCCAUCAAAGUCAAAGCCUGAGAUGAGGAUCCUGAGAAGAUGGCCUCACCAUUCGGUCAAGGCUCAUCGAUCAAGGCUCAACCUUUUAUAAGCUACAGUAGAAACCAAUCAGAAGAUAUCAGAAUUGAUAUUAUAAAUCUAUAUUCUGUUGAAAAAUGUGGACUAUCUUUGUGAUUUCUCAGCAUAUUUACUUCUCUUUUCUCCUAAUUGAUCUUUACAUUUAGACUGUCGAAUGCACAUUUUCAUGUUUUCUGUGAUAUGUUUACUUGAAAUGAAAACUUCGGUAGGUAGAUGCUUUUUUACAUACAUGGAUUUAAAAAAAUAAAAUAAGAUUUUAUUAAUCUUUUUGCAAAAUGUACAACAAAACGUACCGUGCAUCACAUGAGGCUGCUGAGGGGAGGACGGCUCAUAAUAGUGAUUGUAAUGGAGAGAAUGGAAUGGCAUCAAACACAUGGAAACCAUGUGUUUUAUGUGUUUGAUACCACUCCACUUAUUCAGCUUCAGCCUUUACCACGAGUAUGUCCUCCCAAAUUGAGGUGCCACCAACCCCCUGUGCCGUACACCUCCUUUACAACUCAGGACACCCUACUUGUAUUAAUAGUUCACUAGUUUUAGGGGUGUCUCCUCAAGGGUCCACGUGUACAGUAAUCUGAGCCCUUCUGAUCUCAUUGAUGACAUCGAUGCCUGAGAUUUUCCUGGUCUUUGCCAGCAUGGUUCCUGUCCUGCCAUGGCCAUGCAUACAGUAGACAGCUACCUCCUACAGCAGAGAGAAAAACAUAUGGUUGAGUACAUAAGUAAACAUACAGAAGGCUAUGCGUUUAUACACAUCAUUGUUUGAGAAUAAUUAGCCUGUGUUCACUGUCCAGACCUGUCACAUUGAAAUCAGUGGUUAAUGUUAAUUUAGCUUCAUGUGUCAGAAAUAAGAACCUCUUUAAUGUAUUGACUGAAUAAUGGGUUACUGAAUACUUUUUAAAUGAAUCCUCAUAUCGCCUUUUGCAUUUAUUCCUCCACAAUGGACAGAAAACUCUGAAUUUUCUCUGGAGCUGGUGGGGUGAGGUUUAGGAGCUUUUUUCACACAAGCACACCAGGUGUCGUAUGCAAUUGUCCAGUAGGUACAGGUAAUGGGAAGUAAUUUGAGGGAGUGCCAAUUUGGCCAAUUUGUUCGGUUCGACCCAGGAAAAAUUGGGGGGUGGACUACAGUCAAUCUGAAAAUAGUGUGAAAUGUUGAUAUUGUUUUACCAUUCAAUAGUUUUAUAUAUUCACAGCUAGAGUGCCUUCAGAAAGUAUUCACACCCCUUGACUUUUUCCAAAUGUUGUUGUGUCACAGCCUGAA